AUGCAUUAAUAUAAGGAAGAAAGCUACUAUCCAUAAAAUAGUUUUUACAAUGAAAAUGACGAGAGAAUUCUAUAUGAUCAAGAAUUUGAGUAAAACAACAAUGAUCUUUCUUAAUAAAAUGAGAAUUUUGAAUUCAAUUCAUUCAAUGAACAGUUUUAAGGUUAAACCAAUAUAGAAAGAAGCAUCAAGAGGCUUGAAUUCGACUCAGAUUAAGGCUAGGAUCAAGAAAAUUCACCAUAAUCAUAAAAAAGUACAGAUAAUAUUGGAAAUAAAACUAAUAUUAAAAAAAAUAGAUCUAAAAAACCUUAAGAAGAAUUUAAAUAGGGGCCUAUUGUUGGAAGAAGUGAAAAGAAGGAACAGACAAAAUAAUCCGAAACCAAAAAUUUGCCCAAACUCUAUGCUAAAAUAAUUUUAAAUCAGUUAGAAAGUCUGAGCCUGAAAAACCCAAAACAAAACCCUUAGAUCAAGAAGAAAAUUUCUAAAUUUGCCAAAAAGUCACCUUCUUUGAAAACUUUAAGAGAAAUGCUCCAAGAUCCUUUGAUUAAUAAAAUAUCAAUUGAGUAUCUAACUAGCUUUGAAUUUUUCGAUCAACUAUUAGGAUCAGAGAGAUUAUAAGAUGUUGGACCUCCAAUAAAAUAUUUAAAUAAAUUUUAUCAAGGAUGCCUCAAUUCAGAUGCUUUGAAUUAAUGGAAAGAAUCUUGAAAAAUUAUAUCAAAAAAGCAAAAUAAUAAUAUAAGUUGUCUCCAA